CCGGGCCCCUCCUCCACCGCCGCGGGGCUGCAGUGAUCCGCUGUCCGGGCCUCAGCGGCCCUCAGGGAGAGGAGCCCGCCCCAGGCCAUUCUGACCCGAGGGGGGGCAGGGUGCGCGCGGGGGGGGGGGGGCUGUCGCCCCCCCCCCUGGCGCGGGGGAGGCGGCCGCGGCCAUGCCGUCGGCCGGGCGCGUGGCGGAGUACGCGGAGUUCUUCCGGCUGGUCAGCGACUGCCUCGUCGCCACGGGCCCGGAGGUCGCCGCCGCCGCCGCCGCCGCCGGCGCCGCCGCGCGCGCCGCCGCGCAGAACGGCCAGGCCGGCACCGCCAGCAAGGCCAGGGCGGGGUGGCCGACUCCGCCUCCCAAGGCGCCGGAGCCGGCGCAGGGCGCCGCCGGGCUGGCCUCGAAGAGACCACGGCCCCCGCCGGACGCGGGCGGCGCGGGCGAGGCCGAUCUCGAGGCCAAGAGAGCGCGGCCGGGCGAGAAGGAGGAUGCGAAGGCCAAGCGGUCCUCCCGGGCCGCGCAGCUGGCCGCCCGGCUGGCCCAGCUGGAGCAGAAGGCCGCCGCGCUGCAGGAGAUGUCCAAGAAGCGGGCGGAGGAGCGGGAGAAGCAGCUCGCGGACGCGCAAGAGGAGGAGGCCGAACGGGAGGAGCCGGAGGACGCGCAGCAGGGGCCGGAGGAGGACGAGGACGACGGCAUGGGCAUAAACGCUCAGCAGCGUGCCAUCGCCGACCCGUCGUUCCCCUUCCGAAAGGUGUGCUACCUGAUGCGAGGCCCUCCGGGCUGUGGGAAGAGCACCACGGCCCGCAAGUUGCUGCAGUAUCACCUCAAGCUGCAGGGGGUGAAGUGGACGCCGGGCCCCGAUGCGCCUUACUCUCCACUGUGUCGCGCCUUCGUCCUCUCGACGGAUGACUUCUUCACUUUCGUGGACGAUCAGGGCGAAGCGGAGUACAGGUUCGAUCCGAAGAAGCUCAAGGAGUUCCAUCCUAAGAACCAGGCGCGUUUCGAGAAUUGCUGCGAGCUGGGGAGAACACCGCUCUUCGUGGACAACACGAACAUUGCUUUGUGGGAGAUGAAGGACUACCUCCUCUCGGCCGAGAAGUACGGCUAUGAGGUAGAGGUGGUUGACCCCAGGGAGUUCGGGGAGGACGCGCUCAACCCCGACGUGUUGGACCAGCGGUGUCAGGCAGGUGCUGGCGCGGACCGCGCCGCUGGCAAGACGAUUCCGUACGCGGUGCUAGACCGCAUGUGCAGGAACCUCGAGGAACUGCCCGAGCCCGCCAACUGCCCGACGGGCCCCGAGGCCUUGGAGGCCAUCAGGAACUCGAGCAAUCCCUUCGGCGACAAGGGCGGGGGCAAGGGCGGUGGCAAGGGCGGAUUCGGCGGCGGCAAAGGCGGCGGCUUCCAGCCGCCGAUGAUGCAGAAGGGCGGGUUCCACCAGCCCCCUCCCUGGGCGGGCUCCGUCGGCUCCGAGAUCCGGCCCAAGCAGCAAGCCUACGUGCCGCCCCAGGUGGUGGCCCGCCCCCCGCGCCCGCCGCCCGAGCCCGCGGCGCCCGCGGCCCCCGUCACGCUGCCGAAGCAGCGCAUGAAGUGCACGCCGCCCCAGCCGCCCGCCGCCCUGCAGCAGCCCCCGGAGCCCGAGGCCCCGCGGGGGGCGCGGCGCGCCGGCUCCGACGCUUAG